AUGCCGUGGGGAUGUCAGCACGAGAGGGGCGACCGCAUCUUCUGGCCACUCCUCUCCCAUUUCCCUCUCUCCGAAAUCUGCGAAAACCGUUUCACACGGACAAAACUACGCAUGGAUAUUCCACACAUUCUCGGUCGUCGAGUUUACAGGAGCUUUGGAUUCCUCUCAUUUCUCGUCGAGUAUGAUAGCUUCGACUCGGCAUCGUCUGUUCGGCACGAUCGCAAAGGUACACAGGACCUGCAAGUAGCUCCGUCAUCGGGUGCAGCGGGAAGGAUGUGGAGCUCCAAAGAUGGCUAUGCAUGUCCCGCUCCUAAGGAUCUUGUAAAGCAUUUGGACGAGUUCAUCAUCGGACAAAAUGACGCGAAACGCGUUGUUGCGAUUGCGGUAAGAGAUCGGUGGAGACGCCAGCAGAUCCCCGACGCAGGCCUGAGAAAAGAGUUGCUACCAACCAACAUUCUUCUGGAAGGCCCAUCAGGAAGCGGCAAGACGGAAAUCGCAAGGCGACUAGCUGACGUCAUCGGCGCGCCUCUUGUGAAAGUUGUGGCUACCAAAUACACUGAAGUUGGCUUCAUUGGGGAAGAUACUCAAACGAUGAUACACGAACUAGCGGACUCCUCGUAUGACAUGGAACGGAAACGGGUCAUGUCGGAGGUCCAGGUCGAAGCCAGACAGCUCGCUAUUGAAGCGGUAGCAAGAUCCUAUUUGUGUACUCCCGAGGGAACCGGGGAAGACUCAGUGACGGCGGCGAAGGAUCUGAUUGAGAAGGAGGAUCCUCGGACUAUGGACACUGAGAUAGAAAUCGAGAGUCAUCUCACACACCCGGCACCGAUCGAUCCGAGCAGGCCGGGGGGAAUUUUCGAUGGAGGAGAAGGCAGCAGAGGCCGCAAAGAUCAAGCGUCGCCAUCACCCGUUUCGGGACGUGACGUGGCUGAUGGGCGGCAGCUGUACAAACCAGGAACGAAUCGUUUGCACAACGCUGAGGAAGCCCUGCGAUGGAGCAAGCUCGCUGUUCGCGAUGCCAUGUCCCUCGUCACUGAGCACUAUGCGAGCAUCCUGAUAAUAGACAGAGAACCCGAGAUAAGGGAACGAGCACGAGUCACGUGCGAGGAGCGCGGGAUGGUCUUCAUAGACGAAUUCGACAAGCUCAUUAGUGAGGAGCGGGAGACCGCCAGUGGUUUUGGCUCGAAACGCAGAGGAGUACAAAAGGAGUUAUUGUCGCUGAUAGAGGGAACGGUUGUCACCACUCCACGACUCGGACGAAUAUCGACUGAGCACAUACUGUUCAUCUGUGCGGGAGCAUUCACGACUUCAAAACCUGCGCAGAUCAUGCCCGAGUUACAAGGGCGAUUGCCGAUAAGAAGCGUCCUGAAGCCGCUCACAACCGAAGACUUCUACCGUAUACUGACAGGCGUCCGGUACGCGCUGCCAAUGCAACAACAGGCUCUUCUGAAGGUUGAAGGAGUCGACAUUCAAUUCGAUGUGGAAGCGUUGCAGGAGAUCGCCAAGAGUGCCUUCGAGUUGAAUCGCAGUUCAGCCAACACGGGCGCGCGUCGACUGCAGAGUGUCAUGAGUACACUGCUGGAGGAGAUAAAGUUCGAUGCGGGAUCAGGAGGUCCUACAGAGGUCCGAAUCGACAAGGAUAAGGUGAAGGCAACAGUGGCGGCGUUGAUGACUAAGUCCGAUCUCUCAAAGUAUGUUAUCUAG